CCUUCCUAAAGCUUUUGCACAGUCCUGUAUGUCAGUCGUUUUUCAGGUAGGAAGACCUUUGCGCAAUGGCAGACACAACGUCCAUCUUCCCUUUUGCCUCUUACCUCACCAGGGUUUUCUUUUCCUGUCCCCGUCCCAGGAUCUUGCAUUAGCCAACUCUUGACUAAGAACGUAAAAUUGUUAGAGACUCCGCCACUGAAUUCCCCUGGCAAACUACUGUUAGUCUCCCUAUUUCUCAGUAAAAAACUGAGGGAAGGGCUUGAACAGCCCCCACAUCGAAUAUUCAGACUUCUGGAUCUAGAAGUGUUCGAAGUAAACCAGAACAAAGCGAGCAAGUUUUCAGCCCUCCUGGUUGCAUAGUAUAAGAAUCUGGGAGGGAUUCCCAGUCGUAAAGAGCACCAAAGGAAAAAGGGUUUGCUCCCAUGACCUUUGGAUCUCUGGAGCAUGAAGGUCAAAGUGAUUUCAAUUUUGGAGGAUAAUUACAUGUACCUGAUCAUCGAUGAAAACACUCGGCACGCCAUUGCAGUGGAUGCUGCUGUUUCCAAGCGGCUCCUAGAGAUCAUCCGAAGAGAAGACAUCACUCUGAAAGCCAUUCUGACCACCCAUCAUCACUGGGAUCAUGCAAGAGACAAUGAAGAACUGGCCAAGCUUUAUCCCGGCCUGGAGGUAUAUGGUGGGGACGAACGGGUGGGAGCUCUGACACACCGAGUGACUCAUGAGGAGGAAUUAAAGUUUGGCAGCAUCAACGUGCGGUGCCUUCUCACUCCGGGCCACACCGCGGGGCACGUCUGCUACUUCAUGUGGGAAGAUGAUUCUCUGAACGCACCUGCAGCUUUCACAGGUGACGCCCUGUUUGUCGGUGGCUGUGGCCGACUCCUGGAAUGCACGGCCGAGCAGCUGCACAAGAGCCUGACGCAGAUUCUGGGCGGGCUGCCAAAGGAGACGAAAAUCUUCUGCGGGCAUGAGUACACCACCCGGAAUUUGAAAUUUGCCUUAAAGGUGGAGCCAGAAAAUGAAUUCGUCAAAGAAAAGCUCAUUUGGGCCAAACUCCGAGAGGAUGAAGACCUUCCAACGGUGCCUUCUACGCUGGCAGAGGAGUUCCUCUACAACCCUUUCCUUCGCACCUCGGAAGAACCUGUCCAGAAGUUCACGGGCAAGUCUGCUCCUGGUGAGGCCUUCGCCGCUCUCUGCAAGGCCAAAGAGAGCUUCCGGAAACCCAAAGAGCAGCUGAAUCCUCAGGCCGUGCUGGCAUUUGAGUGGGGGCUUUUUGAUCCACUCCUGCAGAAGUGAACCCCCUCCAUCUGCCACGAGGGGGGCACAGGCGCUGUCGUUGAAGGGCUCGCUCCCUCCUCCUCCGCACUGUUAGAAAAAGUUGAGCACGGGUUGCAGGGGACAUCUAAAAGCAUUGGGAGGAGUGUCCCAUUUCAGAUGUUCUGAGUCUUGGGACUGGCACACAGCUCUCCCAUUCUUUUGAAAUGUGCAGCAAAUACAGACAGCAGCCUGUUUCCAGCAGUGCCAAAUGCUGCAGGUGCUUGCCAAGGCAAAGUGGCCUCCCUCCAUUCUGCAAAUGGAGAAGUAAAGCAGCAUCCUUUCCUCCCAAUUCUUAACUGCCCCGCUGAAAACGUGGCGAUGAGCUUGGAAGGUAACUCCUUCCUCCUGUGCAGAAGGUAGGAGCUAUGGAGCUGUACAAGAGGGAGGAGGGAAAUACGUCAUCGCCUGCCUCUCACCGCGCCAUGAACUGAAUGACAGCUAUUUGUUCUUCACUUUUAAUUAAAGGAAGCUUUUAAAAA